CUUACACUGGCUUGCUUGCUGCGGCUGCUCAGGCUCACAACUUAGAAGUUCGAGGUGGAGUCAACCAACUCGCUGUCUGUUACAAUGAAAAUGCAUGGCAUAGACCGAGACCGGUAAGAGACAACUAUGUAUUUAAUUUAACUGUGCAUGUUAUUUAGCAAAUAAUCUAAAGAAUUCUUAGAGUAAAAAAAAAAAAAGCAUUUGUAUCUGCAGUCUGACACUGCCUAACUGCUAUUCUUAUUCACUGUGCUGCACUAGGCUAUGUGCUCACGUCGGGUAACUAAUUUAAACGAGAUGUAUGAAUUUCUUGGUGGAUGUCAUGUGUGGACUAGUUGGUUUACUACAGGAGAUGCAUGUGUGCAUUCCCUAGCACCGCAAUAUUCCUUAGUUUCGUUUUCAGAGCAGGGCUCACAGCCUGUCGCUUCAAAGAGACUCAAUAGAAACUAUAUCGUUCUAUUUUUGAAACGCCUACAGGAGGAGAAACGAAACUGAUUUCACAUCAAGAAGUGCCAAAUAUGCUAGUGAGGUUUAAAUAUAUAUAUUUUUUUACAUUUUUCGGUAGAUGAAAGUAAAACAUGUUAUUGUUUUUUUUCUAAUUGUGACUUGUUUGACAACAGUUUUACAUAAUAGGCCAAAUGGCUGGCUGUGCGUCAAGGGGUGAAUUUCGACCCGAGUUACACACGCAUAAAUGGAACAUAAUUCCCUUUUUAUGCACUUUUCUCUCUAUGCUAUUCUGACCUUGAAUUUAAGCAUGAGAAUAGCAUGCUAUUAACCCCUAUAAAUGAAGGUGUGGCGGAGGUGUGUCUACAGAUACACUGCUGACAGUGUUGGUUUCAUGAGCUGAAAUAAAAGACCCCAGAAAUGUUUCAUACACACAAAAAGCUUAUUUCUAUCAAAUGUUGUGCACAAAUAUGUUUACAUCCCUUUUAGUGAGCGUUUCAACUUUGCCAAGAUAAUCCAUCCACCUGACAGGUGUGGCAUAUUAAGAAGCCGAUUAAACAGCAUGAUGAUAAUAAUAAUAAUAUGCCAUUUAGCAGAUGCUUUUAUCCAAAGCGACUUACAGUCAUGUGCGCAUACAUUUUUACGUAUGGGUGGUCCCGGGGAUCGAACCCACUACCCUGGCAUUACAAGCGCCAUGCUCUACCAAUUGAGCUACAGAGGAUCAUUACACAGGUGCACCUUGUGCAGGGGACAAUAAAAUACCACUCUAAAAUGUGCAGUUUUGUAACACAACACAAUGCCACAGAUGUCUCAAGUUUUUAUGGAGCAUGCAAUUGGCAUGCCGACUGCAGCAAUGUCCACCAGAGCUGUUGCCAGAGAAUUGAAUGUUCAUUCCUGUACCAUAAGCCGCCUCCAAUGUCGUUUUAGAGAAUUUGGCAGUACGUCCAACCGGUCUCACAACCGCAGACCACAUGUAUGGUGUGGGCGAGCGGUUAGUUGAUGUCAACGUUGUGAACAGAGUGCCCCAUGGUGGCAGUUGGGUUAUGGUAUGGGCAGGCAUAAGCUACGGACAAUGAACACAAUAGCAUUUUAUCGAUGGCAAUUUGAGUGCACAGAGAUACCGUGACGAGAUCUUGAAGCCCAUUGUCAAAUAAAACAUUUUUGGUCACAUACACGUGUUUAGCAGAUAUUAUUGCGGGUGUAGGGAAAUGCUUGUUGUGCCAUACAUCCGCCGCUAUCACCUCAUGUUUCAGCAUGAUAAUGCACGGCCCCGUGUCACAAGGAUCUGUACACAAUUCCUGGAAGCUGAAAUAUCCCAGUUCUUCUAUGGCCUGCAUUCUCACCUGACAUGUCACCCAUUGAGCAUGUUUGGGAUGCUCUGGAUCGACGUGUACAGCAGCGUGUUCCAGUUCCCGCCAAUAUCCAGCAACUUCGCUCAGCCAUUGAAGAGGAGUGGGACAACAUUCCACAGGCCACAAUCAACAGCCUGAUCAACUCUAUGAAAAGGAGAUGUCGCGCUGCAUGAGGCAAAUGGUGGUCACACCAGAUACUGACUGGUUUUCUGAUCCACGUCUCUACCUUUAUUUAAAGGUAUCUGUGACCAACAGAUGCAUAUCUGUAUUCCCAGUCAUGUGAAAUCCAUAGAUUAGGGCCUAAUGAAUUUAUUUCAAUUGACUGAUUUCCUUAAAUGAACUGUAACUCAAUAAAAUCUUUGAAAUUGUUCCACGUUGCGUUUAUAAUUUUGUUCAGUAUAUUUAGAUGGCUUUCUUUCAUUGAUCCCUAAUAUACUGAACUCGUUCUCUUGAUAUAUUCUAGUGUGUCGACAAAAUUCAAAGUAAAAGGUACACCUUAUUUAAAGGGAUGGCUUAAGAUAAAUGUACUGAAAACCCUAUUGAAUGAAAACUCAAUGAGAAAAUCUGUUGGCCAGCAAGUUUCAACAGUUGAAUUACAUUUAUUUAGAGCAUGCAAGGUAGCCACACCAGCAGAGCACGUUACAAGACUGAAUAAGGUAAGUCUCUGAAAACCAAAAACUGAAAAGUGCGUAGGAAAGGCGAACAUUUCUAAGUCUGAAUCGGCCCCCAAUAGCCUAUAUAUAUUUUGUAUUUAUUUCAUGAAAUCCUCUUAUCCUGCUUUUUCUUCCUUUUUUUUCAGACAUUUUAUGCAUCUUCAUUGUCUGUGGAUUGUCGGCUGUGUUGGUGAGUAUAAAUAAACUAUCCACAAUUAGAACUUGAACAAUGGCAAACAAUCUAUGAUUUUCUAAACAUUUGUUCCAACUCUCUCCUCCAGCCUCCUCCUCCCUGCCCUCCGUCCCUGUCUCCAUCUCUUCCCCUGUUGGAAGCCAAGCCAUCCUUCCCUGCAAAUGGAGGUCCCAGCUAGACGACGUCCCAGUUUGCCACAUCCAAUGGCAGACACCCGAUGAGCCCGUGUUUGAGCAGAAGGGAGAGCAACAGUGGCAGGCCAGCGAGUUUGAGGGGCGGGUGGAGGUACCUAAGGAAAAGCUUUGGGAGGGCGACUGCUCUCUAAUCUUGCGCGACGUGCAGUUUGGGGACGUGGGGCUUUACGAGAGCUUCAUGGUGGUUGACGGGGAAAGGAUGAAAAGGCGGGUGUUCAUCCAGAGUGUCCAGCUCUCAGUCUAUGGUAAGGGUAGAUCUACAGGUCAGACCUGGGCUGAAAUGGUUGUGUUUUAUUUAGCUAACCUCAUCUCUCCUUGUUCUCUCCAGACCAUAAGUCCAAGCUGUCCUUGGGCAUUGGUGAAGACCUGGUCCUGAAGCUCCACACUCCCCAGGCCAUGAGAGUGGUCUUCCAAGGGAGGAACAGCACAGAGUGGAAGGUCCUGUGGAUUAGGGGUGACAAGAAGCUCAACAGAGGUCAUCUUGAGGAGGCUGAAGGGGUGGUGGUCCUCAGAGGGUUAAGGAUGGACAACUCUGGGACAUUUAAGGUGCUGGAUUCCCAUGGGCUGUCGGUGAGCACUGUGAAACUCACAGUGGAAGGUAAUAAAAUGUCCUAAAUGCUAAUGCAUAACCUUUUGUUUCUUGUUUGUGAUGUAUCUGUAAACACGUGCAACUGCUGCUAACAUUUUAAAUGGUGUAUCCCACAGAAGUUGCUAAAACUCUAAAGCUUCCCCAGAUCCAGGACAAACCUGUAGGUAAGAGACUGAAAUAAAUAAUUGACAUUACUUAUGCAAGGCAAGUAUACCAAGUUCAUGACACUGUCGAAGACUGAUGGACAAUAAUAGUACAUUUUGAACAAGUUAUCUUCUCUGUCUCUCUAGGUAAAUCGACUGUUUACAGGUCCUCCUCUCUGCUUCUUGUAUUUGUCCUGCUGAUCAGUCCCCUGAUUCAACAUCUCCUCUAACAAGGUUUAAACCUUUUGGGCUGGUUUCCCAGAACCAAAUAAACAUACCCCUGUACUAAAAAGCACUUUCAAUUACUAAAAAGCACUUUCAUCCAUUGAAAGUGCUUUUUGGUCUACAGGCAUAUCAGAACCUCAAAUACAUGCUUGUUUUACUCCAAUGUUAGUAAAGAAUGUAAAUGUAAAUACACUUUAUAGCCUCAAAACAUGGUUAAA